AUGGGUAUCGCCAUCUCGAGAUUGUUUGACCGACUAUGGGGUAAGAAGGAGAUGCGAAUUCUGAUGGUCGGUCUCGAUGCUGCCGGAAAGACCACUAUCCUGUACAAGCUGAAGCUUGGUGAAAUCGUCACCACCAUUCCCACAAUUGGUUUCAACGUCGAGACUGUCGAGUACAAGAACAUUCAAUUUACCGUGUGGGAUGUCGGUGGUCAGGACAAGAUCCGUCCCCUCUGGAGGCACUACUUCCAGAACACCCAGGGUAUCAUUUUCGUCGUCGACAGCAACGAUCGCGACCGUAUCAUCGAAGCCCGGGAAGAACUGCAGCGCAUGUUGAACGAGGAUGAACUCCGUGAUGCCCUUCUCCUUGUCUUCGCCAACAAGCAAGAUCUACCCAACGCCAUGAGCCCUGCCGAGAUUACCCAGCAGCUCGGUCUUCAAAGCCUCACCCGCCGUCCCUGGUACAUCCAAUCUACUUGCGCCACCACCGGUGAUGGUUUGUACGAAGGUCUCGAAUGGCUCGCCGAGACACUGCGGAAGACUGGCCGCGACUAG